GAAGCACGGGACGGGAGCCUACUACUUAACCUCUUUCCUUGGAGGAGCGGUUUUGCUCUCUGUUGGUGAACGAAUAAGUUGCCGCCCACCUUCCCCCACGCCAUUAUGUAUGAUCGGGCUCCUCGUGUGCUUAGAUUGACUGAAGGUGGCAGCACUGAGGAUCAUGUGGGUCCUGGAUCCUACCAGGUACCUUUCCUGAAGCAGCAGGCAACAGGUGGGUAUGCACCAUUCCUUUCUUUGGCUGCCAGAGAAAGUACUUUUACUGUUGCCUCUAACACUGAGAAAGCUGUUCCUGGUCCAGGACACUAUAAUGUUUCAGAAAUGCAGAAAAUGUCAAGGGCACUUACAGUUUCCAGAAGUGCUGAUGUUCCUUCAAUUCCAUCUUGUGGAAAGUCAUAUGGUUAUCAUGUUAAUGAGGAUGGCAGUAUCACAAAACAUUUUCCACCUGCUAGUGACAGCACACUAGGUCCAGCAUACUAUAAACCUCAAUUUGAUUUUUCCAAGGUAACUUUGAAAUACAAGGGGAUACAUUUCGGCAACUCUUUGGGAAGACUAGCCUUACCUAUAAAGUCAGGGCCUGGUCCUGGACAGUAUGAUAUAACCCAGAAAAAGGUACCACAUUAUGAAAAUAUUAACAUCAAGAAAGAUCAACAGCAAAAUCAUUGCUCAAAUUUCCCACGACUUUAUGAAGCAAUAAUAUUGCAGGAGGAAAAAAAGAGGUUUGUCCCUAUGAAAUCAAUCACCCCAGCUCCUGGCACAUAUAAUGAAUCUCGAACUGCUUUCAAGCCCUUGAAGAAAACACCAGGACUGAAAAAUACUUCAUUUGGUCAAAGUACUGCUCGAUUCAAACAAGAUUCUAGGACAGAGAAAAUGCCAGGUCCUGGGUUUUAUAAUAUCCCAAACAAUACUUUAAUUGACAACUUUAGCGAUACAUGCUUGAAGAAACAAAAGAAAAGUGCAUUUGGUUCUUCUGUUCCUCGGACUCUCUUCCUGGUUCACAAAGAAGUCUUUCCCACUCCUGAGCCUACUGAUUAUAGGGUCUUUUGGAAUUCACAGGUCUGUGGAAUUUCUGAUGAACUACCUAACUUGACUAACCGAUAUGCUGCUUUCUUGUCAAGAACAGAAAGAACUACUAAAGUAUCAGAUAUGGGUGUUCCAGCACCAGGCGCCUAUGAUGUUCAAAAAUCAUAUGAGAUGUCCCAAGUUCAACAUAAAUACAUGCCACCUCGUAGUUUGGUGGCUAGAAUAAAACAUGCCUCAUUUCUUAGCACAACUCCUCGGUGCCUGGACAAAAUGAAUGAUGGGCCAGGGCCUGCAACUUACAAUCCUGUUUUAAAGAAAUCUUGUUCCAUACCCUUAUUUGUUAAAGCAUCAAAGCGUUUUAAAGAUUCCAAAGAGAUUACUCCUGGUCCAGCAACAUAUGAGAUAUAUUCCAAAGGUAUUAUCUAUUAAUAUAAAGAUAAGCUGACAGUUCUCUCACAUAGAAGUAAUUCCAUUUUGAUGAUGUCCUCCAUCAGCUGCUUGAAGAAACAUAACUGCACUUCUAACCUCAAGAAACAAAAAUCUGUUCCUGCAAGAUAUUUAAUUCUCUAUAUUUUCCUCAAGAAUUUUCCUAUUACAAAAUAGUAUGCAUAUUUGUUGUAUUCUUUCUAAAUGUAUAUUACU